GGUCCUAGCGCCUGGGAGCGGCUAAGCAGCGGAUCACGCGGCUGGCCAAUAAAAGCGCGCGGAGCUCCGCCGGCCGGCCGUCGAGUGCCUGCUGCCCUUGGAGCCUCGCUUUGACUUAGCAGCAGUCUCGGGUUCGCAGCCCGCCUCGUGUAGGGAUUUUGCUGGGUUCAAGGCUGCUCGGUGAAGCAGAAGGAAGAUGCUGUUUUGGCACACGCAGCCGGAGCAUUACAACCAGCACCCGACAGGCAGCUACCUGCGUGAUGUCCUCACAGUGCCAAUUUUUAAGCAGGAAGAACCUCAACUUUCCCCUGAAAAUGAUGCAAAGCUCCCUCCAUUUCAAUAUGUGCUUUGUGCAGCCACUUCUCCUGCUGUGAAGCUUCAUGAAGAGACCUUGACCUAUCUCAACCAAGGUCAGUCUUAUGAAAUCCGUCUCCUUGAGAAUAGGAAAUUGGGCGAGUUCCAAGAUUUAAACACAAAAUAUAUAAAGAGCAUCAUUCGUGUGGUUUUCCACGACCGUCGUCUGCAAUAUACAGAGCACCAACAGCUGGAAGGCUGGAGAUGGAGUCGGCCUGGAGACCGCAUCCUUGACAUAGAUAUCCCACUGUCAGUUGGUAUCUUAGACCCCAGAGCCAGCCCAACACAGUUGAAUACGGUUGAAUUUUUGUGGGAUCCAUCUAAGAGAGCAUCGGCAUUCAUUCAGGUACACUGCAUCAGUACAGAAUUUACUCCAAGAAAACAUGGAGGAGAGAAAGGGGUACCCUUCCGGAUACAAAUGGACACAUUCAAACAGAAUGAGAACGGUGAAUAUACAGAACAUUUGUAUUCUGCAAGCUGCCAGAUCAAAGUGUUCAAGCCUAAAGGAGCAGAUAGGAAACAGAAAACAGACAGAGAAAAAAUGGAGAAGAAAACCAUUCAAGAAAGGGAAAAAUAUCAGCCUUCCUAUGAUACAACCAUUCUCACAGAGUGUUCCCCGUGGCCAGAUGUGCCUUAUCAAGUGAACAACGCUCAGUCUCCGAGUUACAACAGCUCUCCAAACAGUUUCAGCCUUGGAGAUGGCAACAGCUCUCCAACUCACCAAGUGGAGCUCCUGCCUCCCAGCACAGAUCAUCUCCUUCCCUCUGCUUCUAUUCAAGAUGCUCAGCAAUGGCUUCAUCGAAAUAGGUUCUCUCCAUACUGUAGACUCUUUUCAAGUUUCUCAGGUGCUGACUUACUAAAGAUGACCAAAGAAGAUUUUGUUCAAAUCUGUGGCACUCCUGAUGGCAUUCGACUUUUUAAUGCCAUUAAAGGAAGGAAUGUAAGGCCUAAGAUGACCAUUUAUGUCUGUCAAGAGCCUGAGCAGAAUCGAUCCCAUCUUCACCAAAAGCGAGAGAAUGGAGAUGGUAAUCUGUGUGUAUACCAUGCUAUCUUCUUAGAAGAACUGACAACACUGGAAUUAAUGGAGAAGAUUGCAAACUUGUACAGUAUUUCCCCACAGCAGAUAAACCGGAUCUAUCGGCAAGGGCCAACAGGGAUCCAUGUAUUAGUGAGCAAUGAAAUGGUACAAAACUUUCAAGAUGAAUCUUGUUUUGUCAUCUCUACAUUAAAAGCUGAAAGUAACGAUGGCUACCAUAUCAUCCUGAAAUGACCACCCUUUCUGCCUUUUGGGACAUUCAGUGGCUUUACACAAUGCCUCACCAAGAACACUGCAACCCAGACUGGAAAGACAGAAAAUUCAUUUGGAUAAAGUGCUCCUGUUAAAUGCCCUAAGAGGGGAAACAAAAACACAGAAAUGUGUAGCUAUCAGAGUGUUUGGCGACUGGAGAAUAUCUUAAUAGUUUGUGUCUAUUUUUCUGCCCUCUUUCUUUCCUUUCAGGAUUUAGUUAUGUGACAUUUUGGUUCAUUGUUCAGUGUGCCUUCUUAAGGGAAUAUUAAUAUGAGCAAAUGAAGAAGCAUUUCUCCUAAACUACCAGGGUCUGGAGCUGAAGGUUGUUAAUUGUGCUAGUUACGAUGACUAACAUCCUAAGGAAUGCUGCAUGUGUGCUUCAUCAACAUAAUCCCCAUGCAGCAUUAGUGCCCAUGCUUCCGAAGCAUGAAAGCCUUCAGGGGUGUGUUUCUGCUGAAACAGACUGCACAGGGACCAACACCAUAAAAUAGUUGGCCUCUUGGGGCUAGCACUGUCUGUGCUGUUGCUAGAAACAUGCAUGCAUGCAGUGUUAGAAGGUCAGGCAAUGUGGGCCUAUGCUACUUUCCCAUCUCUUCCCAGAGAAAAAUGAUGUAAUAAUUAGUCAGCCAUGAAUGUUUAUAAUCUGCAUUAUUGGUUGUUUUUUCCUCCCUUAAAGCAAAACUGCUGUCUUGUAAUCUCCUGGUGAGAGGCUUCUGUUCCUGCAACCUAUAGGCCAAGCAAAAGGCCUAGAUGUUAUAUCCUCCUGUAGAACUAGCCCCAAUAAUUAUGUUUUCCCCUGCAACCUUAGGACAUCGGACUAUAAAGAGGACAACCUGUCAGGGGGAUGUUUUGCCCUCAGUUGCACAUGAUUGUAGCUAGUUUACUUUGCCUCAUAAAAUUCAAUAGUUCCCACUGAGAUCUGCUGGAGAACAGAAACAGGCUGGGGAUGGAGGGAUAGUUGGGUUUUGCUCUCUCUUGGCUGCAUCCCAGAUUGCAGCUGGCCCAUGGAACUCAGUGAGAGUUAUUUGACUUGGGGAGAAAGUAAGCUGACUCACUUAGGGACGCAUGGCAAAAACCUACCAUCACUCCAAACCCUGGUUGACAUCUGUACAAAGAUGUGGCAGCCUAUUAAUGCUGUCUGCAGGCAAGCAGCGCAAAUGUGAAAAUUGCACAAAUGUUACACCAGAGUAAGCUAAUUGGAAAUGGACUUACUCUUGUGUGCCAUCACUUGUGUGCACACAGUGACAGCAUUACUGGGCUGAUGCAGUCUUGCACAGCAUGUCAGUCUUUGGUGACUACUGAGGCAGAGAGCAGGUACUGCCUUUGCUCCUAUAAUAUGACCAAGAACUGUGGUUUACUUUUUUGCUGUACUAAUGAAUCUGUUUCAUUAGUUUCUGUGGUGGGAAAUGAUGAAGACAGGCAGGAGACUUUCACUCACUCUUGCACUUCUUACCAUGGGUGUGAGUGAGAAGAAGCUUUCCCUUGUGGUGUCCUUUCACUUCUUUCUGCAGCUGUCAGGACAGUUGUGCUGCUUACAGGAGGAGGAAAAGUGGGGAGAGAGACUUGGUGACUAUCUCCACUUUUCCUUCCUUCUCUAACUUGAAUAUUUUUGUGUCCUUCAUAUGUUUCACCAUGGAUUGUACAUGGAGGUUCUUCAGCCUGUGAGGAAAAUGCUAUUUCCUGUUGGAUAUUGCUUAUUCGUUUUUACACAAACAACCUCAUCUCUCUUGGUUGCCACUCUUUCCUGGAAUUGGUUGAGUUAGAGGCUGCAAAUUGUGCAUACAAAUAUUAAAGACUGAUGUUGGAAAUGAAAAAAUAUGAAGAUUGGUUUUGCUCUUCUAAGCAUCAUUAUGAAAAUGGUUUAGAAUAGCAAUACAUAUACUUCUGGUAUUACUUCUAAGUUUACUAGAAGCUACAUAAACUAACUUUUAAUGAACUAUUAAAAAAUGGAUUAUAGAAGCAAAGUGUUCAGAAGUGUCUCCAGGAUCUUCAGGUCUGGGGAUGUUCUGGUAAUGUCUCUCAUGUUCCAAUUCAUAAGUUCGCUGUGGUGUGGAAGCCUCUAGCCAAACUAUCUUCUAAGAAUUGUAAUGCAAGAAUUGGGCCUCAGAAGACAAGUUAACAUUUUGUAAUUGGAAGUCGAAAAGAUGGCCCUCUACUUCUGUGGGGAGGUGAAUCUAGUUAUUUUGCUAAUUUAAAUGCCUACUAAUAAUGAUAGGGUUGUUUAAUGUGCAUUUUUGUGCCUCUGUCACCUAUUUUUGCCAACUGAAUAGACUUUAAACAGUGUGAAAUUCUUGUGAAUUGAAAAUAACAAGCUGGAUAGGUGUUUGUGUCUGUGUUUUGACACUUAUAUGACCUGGGCACUUGCAACUUGAUUUAACAAGUGCCACUGGGGUACAGGAGCAGGCUUCUGUGAAAAGAUACCCAGGUGUAUUGGACUGUGCAUGCAAAAGAGUGUUGCCUAUGUCUUUCCCAUAGCUAAUUACCUGCAACUAGCACCUGAGGCUGUGCCAAUCACUCAGCUGGGACCAUACCUACUACCCAAGAUGGCUGCACUGUUGGCUGUUGCCCUUAACAGGACUGAUCAUUUGCCGAGAGGAUGGUGGCAGACUGUCUCUCCUGGUGCCUCCCAAUGGUUGAUUGGCACUGUCAUGUCUGAAAGCCAUCUUGGUCAUCUGUCAGAUGGGGCACAUGAUCACAUCCUUGCAUGCAGCAGUGCAAUGGGGUUCAUUACAUGGAACUUUGGUGUAUAUCUUGUUGACUUUAUCUGGCUCUUACAGUGAAGGGAAAACAGUUCACUUCCCAAAUAGUUUAUUGUUACACUCCCUGACUCUAUUGGGUACAGCAGGUAUCGUAUAAUCAUGGUUCAAAUGACGUUUAGUACAUUCAUAAUUUGACUGAAUUGGUGGCUCUUCACAGAAGUAUAGAUACUACUUUUAGUAAAGACAAUCUUGUUUUUUACUCUUAUUAUCACAGCUUAUGGCAAAUGGGUAGCUAUAUGUAGCUUUUUAAAAACAAAAAUAGACUGGACAAAACUUGGAAUAUCAAGUUAAUAAAUACUAUGCCCUCUAUGCAGCAAUAACAAAACAUUUUUUCCUGCUUACUUGUACAUCUGAACUACUGAGCUCAAAUUCUUGUAUCCUCCAAAGAAAGAUAAUGACAAGCGGUUUUAUUAGGUGGGGGCAGCAUUUGUGAUCCUAUUUCCAUCAGACGCAUGUGGAUAUUUUCCAACAUGCCAGUGUUUUGUUAAUUCACCCUGUAGUCUGGAAAGAGGUGUAGAAACCUUUAUUUUGGGACUGAAGUCUUUGGUAUACACAAGAAACAUGGCUGUAUAUUUUUAAUAUGCUUGUCUCUCAGGAAAAGCAGCUUUAAAUUAGUGCCUAAGUUUUCUCUGCAUUUCAGAAGGAGUGUGUGUGUGAGAGAGUGCGUGUGCGUGAGAGAGUUGUUUUGCAACCCAUUUUUUGUCUUAUGGGACAAAUGUUCUAUUUUUUAAAAAAAAUACGCAAAGAUAUUUUGUUUGUUCAGUUUGAUUGGGAAUAGGUAUUUCUGUAUUUCAAAGGGCUAUGGGAGUUUAGUUCUGUUCACUUGUAAUGCAGCAACCAUUUUAAAUGAGUGGCCAGCAUCCAGAUUAACAAAGGGUUGGUCCAGCUACAGUGGUCUGGUGCUACAGAAGAGGGCAACUCUUGCCUAUCUCUCCUUCCCUCUGAAGCCUGACUGUGACCAGGGCCAGAUUAUGACACACAGAGGCCCUAUGCUCAAGCUUUAAAGGCCCCAUAGCAUUACAAAAAAUUAUUAUUCUAGCAAAAAGGACAAUGAAGUAGGAAUAGCAAUGCUUUAUUUUUACUUGGCAAAAUGCAACAAAAAACUAAUAGUCUAACAAAAACAGUUACCUUGCAAUAAGCCCAAUUUGCAUUAGAAAUACCUUUAAAUUAAAAUAUGUUUAGUCAUCUUGUGUUUUGUAUUCAGAAGCCCCUCCUAAUGUGAGGCCCAAGUUGUAGCUUAACUUGUGACAAAAUUCGCCAUUGAUUGUAACUCUCAAAAAUAUGCCCCCAAAGAUUGUGCAUCCCUCAGGGAUAUAUUUCCAGGAAUCCCAGUUGGCUUCAGAGGGAAGAGGAGAUCAACAAAAAUCUGUCCCCCACCCACUACCACCAUAGCACCAGCAUAGUGUUAGGUGCACCUGUGCUUUAUUAGUCUGGAUGUUGGCCAGUGUGAUUAAAUGAAGGGGGUUGGAAGUGGGGGGGGGGCAAGCAAAAGGGUUGUGAGUAAUACUGCCAGAUGUUUGUUUUUUUGUAUAAGAAUAUUUUUAACUGCAUAUUUUGCACUGGCCAUUGUACUGUUGUACAGAAGAAAAGACACUGCUGUAUCUAGAAUCUGUGCUCCAGUAAAAAUGCAAAUAAACUUGUUUGUA